AUGUCGACUGAUACCUUGAAAAUCAACCCCUUCCCACCAAUUUCGAACGGCAUGGAUAAUGUUGCUGCUGCUAUCGAGAUGUUCUGCAGAAAUAUUAAAUUUGGCCACGAUAUUCAAGACUGCGAGGUCAGACAGGGUGGAAAUCACAACGUCAUAAUAUUCUCCUAUGUCCCCUUCGCAUUCUCUGAUCCAACCCGUCCACCACCAUCCAAUCAACGCCAAUUCUGUGUCUUGCGUACCAUAAAGGAAAUAUUUAAGGAUUCUUCAGACAUGGCGUGCGAAAAUACAAAAAGAACCGUGGCGGCAAUGCACAGCUACGGAGAAGGAGGCACACAUACAUCCAAACUCCCUAUACCUGCCGUUCUUGCCUAUGAUGCGAUGUAUUAUAAUGCGAUUGGAUGUCCCUACAUCAUACAACGAAGAGCCGCAGGAAACGAUUUGCAAAAAUGGUACGAAGAUCUCAAUGCGGCGGUUCCGGCUGAUGGACCGUAUGAUUUGACGGAAAGGUUGAAAAUUGCCGAGGAAGUGGCAGUUUUUAUUGCAAAUAUGGAAAAUAGUUUCCAGUUCCAGGAGUAUGGAGAUUUGAUCCAUGGAGCGAGUAUGCCGGAUAAGAAUAUGGCGUUUUCAGGGGAGGAAAUGGAGAUGAGAAUCAGAGGACCAUAUGUUGGUGACGUGCAGAUUCCUGGUUCAUUAAAUCAUAUUGAUUUUUUUGAGAGUCUAAUCAGAGCUCGUAUUGCAAAAACAGGGAUUUCUCAGGCUGCAUACGAGGAGUUGGCGAAGUUAAAGAAAAUCUUCGAGCAGAUGAAAGAAUGGGAGCUUUUGGAUAAGUUCAGCACCGUGCCUACGCUCUACCAUCGGGAUCUCUAUGCGCGAAAUGUCAUUUUUGAUGGGACGGAUGGAGAGAUGAAGUUGACGGCAGUGAUUGAUUGGGAUGAGACGAUGGUUCUUCCCCGGAUCAUGACGCGCGAACCACCUUGUUGGCUCUGGACAAAUAAGAUGCGUAACAAAAAGCACCGCGGAGUCAUCAAAAGACAUUUCUAUGAACACAUCGAGCGAUUACUUCCGGGAUAUAAAGAGGAUGCGGAGGGAGAAGACGCGAAAAUUGUGAGGGCAUUGUAUGUGUAUGCGUUCUGGGGACCGAAGUACGGAUAUCACUCUGAGCUCUCUUUUGCGGAACUGCUGAAGGAAUAUGUUGAGAUGUGGGCGGAGGACAUGUUUGAGGGGUGGUAG